CUCUUCUCCCCAGUCCACUCCCAACAUCUCCAGAAUGUAUAAACCAUUACGAAGUAAAAUAAGAGUUGUCUGUCUAUGAUAGAUGUGGGGCAAUAAUCAUAUAGGUUGAUAAAGACAAAGAUGUUCCCAUUGAAUUAAGUUUGGAUGUUGCAGAGAAAAAAAGUUCUGCUUAGAGCUAUACUUAGAAAAACCAGGGUCACCAAGCGCGGUGGUGGUGUGCCAUUCCUUCCGGCUACACGCACUCCAGCAACCCUAGAUUUUCCUUGGAAACGCAGCAGCAAGAAACAUCAAACACACAUCGAUCGGCGCCUUUGCGCGUUCGUCGUGCAUGCGAUCCAUGGGUCGUCGUCGCCUCGGCACCGCGGCGCUCGUGGCCCUCGUCGCGGCCUGCCUCCUGUACUGCGGCGCGGCGGCCGCCGGCGCCGGGCCGAUGACGACGGACCUCGGCGGGGCGCCGCUGCUGCGGGCGGCGCCGUGCGACAGGACGCUGGGGCAGUGCGCGGUGGGGAGCGAGGAGGAGCAGGAGGUGGGCGGUGGCGGCGACGCGCUCCUGCGGCGGGCGCUGGCGGCGCGACAGCCGACCAACCGGUACAUCAGCUUGUGCAGGUCGCCCACCUCCAUCGCCGCCCCGCCGAUGGAGGGCAGCCCGACGCGGUCCUCCACGGUCGGGGUUGGUUUUCUGCGAUACAGAGUUGCGAUACAGAUACGGAGUUACGGAGAUGAUGCGCGAGGCUGA